CCAGACCGCAUUCACUGCCUCCAUCAGCCUCUGCAUCUCUUGCGACACAGGCUGUUGUCUUCAAAUACAACCUCCAAAUGGAGCUCCACCCCUGGAAUGCUUCCUUUUGGGAUGUUUCGUUCCUCCCCGUCCUUCUCACUCUGAGCAGGGCAGGAAGAGCCGGGAAGUUUUGAUGAUCAUGAACUGAGGAAAAAAGAACUUUCAUGCUGCCCAUGGAAAGAGCUGAUAGUGGGGGAAAGCACUUUAGGAAAAGAGGACUCCCUCCAGGCAGGAAAAAAAUCGUGCUUUGUCUACUCCUGGAAACUGCAGGGCUUCUCUGAUCUGCAGUGCAGUCAGUUCUGAAGAGGAGGAAACACGUGCACAAUUGAGAAUCUGAUCCAAAGGGGUUGUUAACUGAAACCAGACAGAGACCAUGAACUGGGGAAUCUUUGAAGGACUCCUAAGUGGAGUUAACAAGUACUCCACAGCCUUUGGACGCAUCUGGCUCUCGGUCGUUUUCAUCUUCCGGCUGCUGGUCUAUCUCGUGGCUGCUGAGAAAGUGUGGGGUGAUGACAGCAAGGACUUUGACUGCAAUACGGAGCAGCCGGGCUGCCCCAAUGUUUGCUUUGACCAUUACUUCCCGGUCUCCCACAUCCGCCUGUGGGCCCUUCAGCUGAUCCUUGUCACCUGCCCCUCCUUUUUGGUCAUCAUGCACGUUGCCUACCGAGAAGCAAAAGAGAGAAGGUUCAGGGAGAAAUAUGGAGACACUGGCAGGCGGCUCUUCCCUGACAUUGGCAAGAAGCGUGGGGGCUUGUGGUGGACCUACCUCUUCAGCCUCAUCUUCAAGGCUGCUGUGGACAUCACGUUCCUCAUUGUUUUCUAUAUUAUUUACCCAGACUACACCCUCCCCCUGCUAGUAAAGUGUUUCCUGCCACCUUGUCCUAACAUUGUUGAUUGCUACAUAUCCAGGCCAACAGAGAAGAACAUCUUCACUCUGUUCAUGGUUGUGACUGCUUGCAUCUGCAUCCUUCUCAGCCUCAUUGAAGCGGGCUACCUCAUUGGGAAAAGAUGUAAGGAGGUUCUUCGUUCCCGAAGUGAAAGAUACAACCGACACCGCAGUGGGACCCUCAUUCACAAGGACCCUGGCUCCCUUCCCCCUUGUCAACAGGAAGGCUGUGAAGUGGGUGUACAGGUGUUCCAUGGGACAGAUUACAAACCAGCUACUGCAUCUCUCUCAAGCAGCAACCUGUCUGCUACAUCAAAACAUGAGAAAGUAGGGUAAAAGGUGCACCAAGCAAGAACAGACCACCGGUGGAAGAAUCAUUGUGCCUUCUUUGGCACAGACGUGACAUGAGAAAUGGAGAGAAGGUUGGGAGAAGAAUAUGGAGCUAAUCUAGCUCUGUUGGCCUCUGCCAUAUGUUCCCUUAUGACAUAAGACAGCCUAAGCUCUUCAUUAAAACAAACUCCAUAUCCUGAUGUAUUGUCAUUCCUUAAUGUUGUGAUCUAUAAGCCCGGAGGUACUGUAGUUGUCUUCCAAGAGUUGCAAGUACUUUGAGAGAUAUUUUUUUUUGCUUGUGAUAUGGGCUCCGCUAAGUCCACUAUCGCUUCAGCAAAGAAGAUAUUGCAUAGUCAUUAUGGCUUAUUUCCAGAAUACAUUUCUGAAAGCAGUACCAUCUCUUGCAGGGCCUCCCAACAAGGUGCCCAUGGGUGGCAUGCUGCAAGCUGACAGCUUUCCUGGCACUCACCAGGUAUUUUUAGACAGUAAGUGGGAUCAGGUAGGGCUCCUACCCAGCAGGUCUUCUAUUUGACCCUUGGAGAUCUGAUUAGGUGUGCAAAUAAAUAAUUCU